UUUAAACAGCUUUUCAUCAAUAAUGAAUAUGUGGACUCUGCUAGUGGAAAGACAUUUGCUACCAUAAAUCCAGUAACAGCGGAAAAGAUCUGUGAUGUGGCGGAGGGUGACAAAGUGAGUCCAUUGAAUGUCAAAUAACCUAGACUGAUUGUCAAUAAUCUGUAUUUUGGAAAGCAUCUUUUUUGCAAGACAAAAACUAAUUAUGCACACAAAACUUUGUUUACAGUGCUUUAGGACUGGUCAAAAUUUGGGAAAGUUAUGUUAUGAAAACAACAGAAAACUGUUUUACUGCAUGUGCAUAGCCUGAUAUAAACACUCAAGGGGUUGGUAGAAUUCUGAAUAGUUAUGCAAAUCCCUGACUUUGUCUUGGGUUUGCAAUUAAAAUUGUCUCAAAUUCUCCCAACACCCUCUCGUAUUUAUAUCAGGCUAUGCAAACUAGGAAAAUGUUUUUUUAUUGCUUAAAUAAAUGGGAACGUUAGGAAGUAUGACUGAUUUUUAAAAGUGUCUCAAAUAGUGUUACCGGUAUUUAACUAGAAGGUUCUUGUCAAUCCUUGCUCUCAAUGGUUUUCAUUGGCUAAUCGUGUUGAACCCUAGACAUAAGGUUUUAACCUGCCUUGCUGAGGGUGAUUUUUUUUUUUAUGUUCCAGGCUGAUGUUGACAAGGCUGUGCAGGCGGCUGCUUCAGCUUUUAAACUUGGAAGUCCUUGGAGAACAAUGGAUGCUUCUGAAAGGGGUCGAUUGCUUUACAAACUUGCAGACCUGGUAGAGCGAGAUUUGGACUAUCUAGCUGUAAGUAUUAAGUUAUACCUAAUACGGUAAUGCUAAGCACAGUCGCAGGCACUGUUGUAAAAGAGAGGUAGAAAUCGGGGACUUGCUUAACUUUUCAUAUUACAUGUAUGAAAAAUGUUACUGAACGAAAACAUCACAUUCUUCUAAAUUCAGUCUUUUUUUCAUCAAGUCUCUGGAGACACUAGACAGUGGCAAACUGUUCGCAGAUUCUGUAGAUGAUAUGGAUUUGACUGUGAAGGGCUUCAGAUACUAUGCUGGAUGGGCUGAUAAGAUAUCAGGGAAGACAAUAUCUGCAGGUCAGUGGAAAUUGUUUAAGUAGAUAAAUUCUAUUUUUACUGACAUACAUCUGCAUACCCUUUCAUGAUCAUCAUUUUUGCUGUCCACACAGGGCAGCUACCUAUUUUGAUCAGUGACUUUUGCCUCCCACCACACAUACAUGCAUUGUAUCAGUUCUCUCUUCUCAAGUUCCGACCAAUUCCAUUGGGUUUUCUUAUUCAUUAAUUCCCUGCCGGUUCCUUUCCAGGGCUGUUUUAGCCACAGGUCCUUCUGGUCUCUUCAGUGUGGAUCUUUUACUUCCUCCUCUAUCUGCCGCCGCCUGUCUCCAAAAUUUUUCAUUUCAAAUUUCUUUGGGCCACCAAAUGUGUGGGAUGCUCCUUAGGCACUUGUUAACCCAUUUGCCCCUGAACUGCCCAUAUGGAGCCAUGUCCUUCUUUGCACGGCUUGUGAGAUCAUCAGUAAAAAACUCAAUGACAACUUUGUCAUCUAACGUCUGCAGGGGAAUCUUUCAAAUCAUGCAAGAAUGAACACAGUUAAGUCAAACAGGCCAGAGAAAAAUUAAAGGCAAAAAAACGUGUAACACUAUUUAAUCAAAUUAUCAAACUCAAAAAUCAAACUCCUGAACUGUCUGCCUUAUAUUUUGCAGAUGGUCCAUACUUUGUGUACACAAGACAUGAGCCUGUUGGUAUUGUAGGCGCUAUCACUGCCUGGAACUUCCCUCUUAACAUAGCUUGCGUGAAACUUGCUCCAGCUCUGGCUUGCGGCAAUGUUGUCAUACUUAAACCAGCAGAGCAAACCCCACUAACAGCCCUCUACAUUGGGUCUCUUUUCAAAGAGGUAAUUUGAUAUUAUGCUGCUCUACUUAAAAAUAAUAAUAAAUAAUCAAUUAUCGAUUGUUGCAAACAAUAUAUAUUUUUAAUUCUUGAAAGGACAAAUAGAAAAUAACCCAUGGGCUUGCCUAGAUAUGAAAUUUCCCUCUAAGUGUUUCAUGGAUGACAUGCAGUCAAACCUGUAAUAAGAGUGAACCUGUAUUAAUUUGGUGGACACCCUCUAUUAAGCGGUCACUUACCAAAGUCCUGGAAAUCUUUUCCCUUAAUUACAGUACAACUGACUUGUACAUUGAGCGGUCACCUCUAUUAAGGGGUUGCAGUUACCUUUUCUAAGGUCGCAACAAGUUCUUUUUUAUUGUCUGCACGUCUAUUAACAUUCACUUUCUCAAGAUCCAUACCACUUUACAAGACAAGGGUCACAAAUCAAACCGAACAUGGAAAGUGGACGUUUACAAAGUCCACUUACAAUGUCCACUUAGUUUUGAGCUCUUUAAAAAAUACAAUAAUGAUGUUGCAAAGUAUUUAGAGGACUUUUCUGGUGUUACACAGGCAGUAUAGUGUGGGUAGUGAUGGUAAUCAGUUUAAAGUACAUAUUAUAUAUAGUUGAACCUCGAUUAUCUGGACUCGUUGGGACUUGAGUUAAUAGUCCGGAUAAUCAAGAGUUCGGAUAAUAUCAAUCAUUGAGACAAAAAUGUAAUCAUAGGGAAUAAAGACAACAAAAUUUAAAUGUGAAAAUUCAAGCUCUUAAUUGAAUUUAUGUACGGACUGUAAGUAUAUAAUGUAUUUUCAGUUCUUUGCUCAUUCCGAUGCUAUUGGUGAAUUUCAGGAUCUUCUCUUUGUUUUUGCGUGUAUGUGAGGUCUGCUGCUUGCUGAUUUUAAGCUUGAGUACUAAAUUUGUUCCUCUUUCGCCGUUCUCCAAACCUGAAAUUAUUCAGUUGCUUAUCCUUUAUCGAGAGAACGGACUGCUUUCAUUGCAUAGACAUGGCUGUGAUUUCAGUUUUUGAUCGAUUGGUCUUGUGUUUACUUAACCAAUGUGGAAUCAGUAAUAACAUUCCCCAGCAACCUAACCCAAUCAGAUUUCAGCUGAAUGCAUCAGGAUUAUUGUUGAUCUCAUGCCAGUGGCACUUUUUCAAAGCGAAACAGAUUAAAACAGUGUUUUAAACUCACGUUCAGAAGAAUGAAUGAACUUUUAAUCGUUUCAACUUUUCAAGAUCAUAUCUUAUUAAUAUUCAUGAAUAAAACAGGACCAGGGAACAGGUCCGGAUAAUCGAGGUCCAACUGUGGCGAAAAGUAAAACUACAAUACAUAUAUUGUUUUGUGUCACUUGAAUAAUCACUUCGGCGGAGCGCGAAGUAAAGGAUUCGCGACGCUCAGGAAUGUAUCAAAGUUACAAUUUUUUGACAAGAUUAGUUCGAGAUAUUUCGAGAUAACUUGGAUUUCUUUGAUUUAUUCUUUAACUUUUUUGAGGAAGAAAGAAUUAUUGUUUUGGCUUUCCCGGGGUUUGAACCGCCUCACCUGUGUGACCUGUCAGGUCAGAGGAGACUCUAAGUUGAGGGAUUAGCCUAUUGCGCUACUGCGACCCAAGGUAGUUCGGGAUAUGAAAAAUAGUUAUGAAAUUAUGCACUAGUUUCAGGACAAGAUUGGGCGUGCAAGUUUGCGACUUUUCUUCUUGUUUCGGCUAUUUCACGAAAUGAAACCGGACUACUUUGUGAUAUCUUGAGAUCACUUUGAGUUUAGUGUUUAAUUCACUCGAGGAAUAAAUAGAGGAUAUUACGUGGCCGCGCAGAGACACGAAAUUUCUCUUCGAGUGUUGAAAAACAUUCCACCAGUGAGCCCUCGUUUUGAACUGCUUUAUGAUGAAUUUAAAGUUACAAAAUGCUGCACAAAGACAUUUUGUCUUUGUUGAGUGUUACGUAGUAAAAUUGCUUUCAUACGUUGCGUGACUUUCUCGAACGUUCUCUACUUUUUUGGAUUAUUCAUGAAUAAUAAUUAGGGCAUGUUUACAUUUCAGCAUGAGUCAGCAGAUUUGUAUCAGUUACUGAAAUCAUAAAAUAUGUCGAAAGGCUACUACUAUUCGCCCAUUUAGUAUUUUCUAGAACCUUAUGUCAAACGGUAUACAAGUUCCAAGCGAGGUCUUUUGACGACCUAAGUUUUUUUCCCACGAGCUGGACUGCUGUGUUUAGUCAAGUGUGACAAAGGUCGAUUUUCAAGUUCUGUGUUUACAAGUUGGCGGAAGCCGUAAGAUAUCAAGUGAGAGUUUGUUAUUAUUGGUAGAGGCUGUUUAGAUGUACUUAAGUUCAAGUCAAGUUUGUGUUGGCGGAUGCUGUGUUUUAAAGUUCUGAAAAGGCUAUGUUCCUUUGGUAUUAAACUUCCUUGUGUUAAUCCGACAUUCCUGCGUGCUGAUAGUCAGUGAAUAAUUAUCCUCAAAACAUUCGAACUUGUAACAGCCAAUUCCAUGCUCAUCGUAAUUGACUCCUUACCCAUACUUUGCAUAUCUUUAAUCAGCACGUGAGACUGCUAUGUUGUUUUUGAAGCCUGAUAUGACUAAGAAAAAUAGAGAAUUCUUUUUUCACUGUUUGUUUUGUUAGGCUUGUUAUUCACCGCCAGUAACCUCAUAUUUGACUUAGGUGUAAACGUUUAGACCCAAGUCAAAUUUAGAAGGAUUUGUAUGGAGUCAUCAGAGCAUAACUGAGCUAAUAUCUCAGAGAAUAAUUGUCCCGAAAUGCUAGUUUUUGGCAAGUAGGCCUCUUAGAUGUUGCUCUUUUCAAAAUAUCCUGACGAAUCCCAUAACUUCACAAAUUAACACCUUACUCUUACCAUAUUUCAUUUCUUACUAUUCCUCUGCAUUUACAAUUUAUUAAUCAGUUCCACAACCACGAGGCCGAAGUAUACGCUCCGUAGCGUCUUGUUUUCUGUAUAUUAUAGGCUGGCUUUCCACCUGGUGUGGUGAAUAUCAUCCCUGGUUAUGGUCCCACUGCAGGUGCUGCCAUUUCUGAACACAUGGACAUCAACAAAGUCUCAUUCACUGGCUCAACAGAGGUGCUUCUUAGUAUUUUAUUUAAAAAACUGACUGGAUUAAACUAUAAAAGUUAGCAUUAAAAAACACUUUGACUGCCUAAUGUUUAUUUUUCUGACUGGAUUAAACUAUAAAAGUUAGCAUUACUUUGACUGCCUACAGGCAGUCAAAGUGUUUUUUAAUGCUAACUUUUAUCUCUAAUGUUCAUUUUUUUUAACUCCUAAAAAAACACCUUAGUUUCAGAUGUACUGACAGGAGGUGGGGAGGGGGUGGGUUUUGUGGGUGUUUAGCAUAAUGAGGAAAGAAAUGCACCUUGCUCCACCCCCUAAGUACUUUUAAAAAAGUAAUUGCUGAAUUGUGACAAUCUUAUAGCAAUAUAGGGCACUAUGAACAGUCCAAUGCUGAUUUCAAUAAUUUUCCUGCGUUGCGCAGGGUUGUCACUAAGAUUUCAAGUUGCUGGGUAAAUACAUCAAGUAGGCAGGGAAUCAAACGGCUAGGGAUUUCUUUUGGUUCUAUUUUUCUUCUAUUUUCCAAUAAAAGUAGCCGGGGACCAGUCUCUUAGUAGCCGGGAAAAAUCCCCAGCCCCCGGCUCUUAAUGACAACCCUGGUUGCAGCCAUAAUGUGGGUUGCAUUUGUUGCGUCAGGUUCUCUCCCUUGCUAUGAGAGGUGUUUUUCGAGUUUUUGGGUUUUCCCCUUUCCUUAUAAACCAACACUGGCAAAUUCCAAUCAAUCUCGAAGAAAUGGACACAUUUCAGUGAGUUCUAAAGAACUACUAAGAGCUCCAUGGGUAAACAAAUAUUAAAUUACAGAUUUACAAUGACAAUUGUUCAUUGUUUGUAACUAUUUAAGGUUGGUAGAUUAAUACAAGCUGCUGCUGCAAAAUCCAAUCUAAAGCGUGUGACACUGGAGCUGGGAGGAAAGAGCCCUAACAUAGUGUUUGCUGACAGUGAUUUGGACUAUGCAGUGGAGUAUUCCCAUGCCGCUGUGUUUUUCAAUCAAGGACAGUGCUGCAGUGCAGGCACCCGUACAUUUGUACAGGACACCAUUUAUGAUGAGUUUGUCAAGAGGAGUGUGCUCAGAGCUCAGAAAAGGACAGUCGGCGAUCCAUUUAAUGAAGAAAUUGAGCAAGGGCCUCAGGUAAAAAAAAAUUUUCAACAAAUGAUAAAUCAUCAACUCUUUAUUUAAUUUGUAUUUUCGACCUGAAAACUAAAAAAUCUUGAUUAGUACUGGAAACCUGAACUUUGUCAUUUCCUAUUAAUGGUUUAACUGUCAGCUAUUCCAAUAUUUUGUGCAAAAAAGAAAAACACUAAAGAGCCAAUAAUAUUCAAUUUAAGAAAGUAGCUAAUCAUUUUCAUUAGUUUUAUAAAAGAAAAAACUAUUCAGUUUAGUUCUCUAGUGAAGCUGUGCACACAGCCUUGGAUUUUUCUCCUGGCAGUGUUCAACUAAUACAUUCUUUACUUGUCACUAAAAUGUAAAUUUCUCUUUGUCCUUAAGGUGGAUAAAGAACAGUUUGAUAAAAUUCUGGAGUUGAUUGAAAGUGGAAAGAAAGAAGGUGCAAAGCUGGAAUGUGGUGGUGGUCGUCAUGGAGACAAAGGAUAUUUCAUACAACCCACUGUUUUCUCAGAUGUCAAAGAUGACAUGAGAAUUGCUAAGGAAGAGGUACUUACCUCCUUGAUUUUGUCUGAAGUCAAUGCACUGCAAGCUAAAUUCUAACCACAGGUUCUUGACACUAAGUUUUAAAGUAGAAAAAGCUAGGAUGUAAGAUCAGGUGGCUUGGCAAUCAAGUGCUGUAGGCAGUUUCAGGCUUUCACUCCCUCACUUUACUCAUAAUUUUUCCCUCAAAAGUAGAUGGCUCAGACUUCAAGAAGUAGCCAGUUUUUUCAGCCGGUUGAUGGCACUUAAGGUAUUCAAUCUGCCAUAAACCCUUCCAUUUGAAAAGUUUAUUUCUCAAACAAUAAAGAUGCGACAAGAUUUUAUUCAGUGGCAACUAGUUUUUGCACAGAAAAUCCUUGCGAUGUUUUAGUGUAGAUUAAAAUUUCUUAUUUUACUCCGUGAUGCCCAUGGAGUUUAAUUCUUAUCACUAAAAUAUGCAGUGGUCUUCUUCUCCUCUUAUUUCAGGAUCUGGAAGAUCAUUAUAGGUUUUCACUUACUUGAAGAAUGAAUAAUGGAUCUUCCACUGGUUACCUUAAAUUAAAAAUAUUAUUGUUGGAAACAAAUAGUGAUCAAACUCAGUUCUUGUUCUUUCUUGGUUUCAGAUUUUUGGCCCAGUACAGCAGAUAAUAAAAUUCAGUGACAUAAGUGAGGUUAUUGACAGGGCAAAUAACACAACUUAUGGACUGGCAGCUGGAGUAUUUACCAAGGAUGUAGACAAAGCAACAACCAUUUCCCACAGUUUGCGUGCUGGGACAGUGUGGUAACAAGCUACUUUCAUUUCUUUUACCAAUCAAUUUAAUGAUGUUCAUGGUCUAAACUCUGCUCAAUAUACAUGUACAGCAUUUUGGACUUUUUUAUAAGAUGUAGUAAAAACGUCUUGUAUCUUUUCAUGGUAAAAAAGGUGUUAUCUGCUUGAGUAUUAAAAACAGUAAGCUUUUAUCUUCCUAGCGUGUCUUAAGUCUUCAAGAAAUGCAAAAAUACAUGAUAAUAAAUAAGUAUAUACAGAGAAAAUGUAUGAAAAAAUUCAAAGUGUAUUAAAAAUAUGAUAAAUAUGUAUACCAACAAAAUUUUAAGAAUGGAGAAUUUUAGCUACCAUCUUAGGGUUAAUACCUCAUUCAUAAAUUAAUGCUUGCAGUGUGCCAAGAUUCCAUAAGAUUCUUUGAACUGCUGAGUUUCCUUUGUCCAUUACACUGGCAUUAUCGAUGCCAGUUUAGCAGUAAUUACUAGACCAUUCUAACUUUAAAUUGUGUAGAUGUGUUAUCUUCUAUGUAAACGGUUUGCUUGAUGAGGAAGUUAUAUGUUGUUAAUAUAAAAAUGAUGCAGGUAUAUAAUACCGUUGGUUGCAUCAAAGCGUGUACAUGCAAGGAAAAAAACAUGUUCUAAUUGGGCGCAAACGUGACAUGUUUUGGCACCAAACACUUGAAGUUCGGAUAAGGCGGCUGUUGUCGACUUGAUUUGUUUUCACCCAACUAAAUACUCUUUGCCAGAAUUUUUAGGUGUUAAGAAUAAUUUCUGGAGACAAGUGUGCUGGUUCUGAUCAAGAAAUAUGCCUGAAAGUUGAGACAAAUGAAAUAUGAGCAGAAUGCACUGAUCGAAAACAUAUAAACAACUUACCUUUGGUGUGACAGUUUGCUUUAACGGAUGUCAAAUUUCAUGUUGUUUUGUCGCGGUAAAUGCUUAGAUGCAACUGACAAAUUUUGUAAGUAUCCUUUACUCGCGUGCAUCAAGUACUGCAAAUUUGAUUAAUAUUAAUGAUUAUUUAUUCUAGGGUCAAUUGCUAUGAUGCUGGAGCUCCUCAGGCACCAUUUGGAGGCUUUAAAAUGUCUGGGCAUGGAAGAGAAUGGUAAGUCAAGUUUUAUAAGAACACCUGAUUAUUACAGUAUUAUGCAAAGUUUUAAGUCAUUGUAACGUAUUGGCCAGUUGGUUAGUCGAGAGGAAGCAGGUAAUACACUGACUCUUGGCAACUCAAAUUUUUUUCAUACAUUUACUAGUAUUUACUAAUAUUUGUUAUUGAAGUAUUGAAGUACACUCAAACCUCGUUGAUGCAGACACAGAGGAGGCCAUAGAAGGUCCAUUUAAAUAAUAAAUGCACCUUUUAUUUAAACAAAAUACUAGGGAGGACAUUAGUAUCUUCAAACUACUCAUCUCAACAAACCUUUACCUUUGAUGGUCAAUUUCCGCACAAAACUCUACAACAAUGAUUCAGUGAAUUGGUGUCUCACCUCCCAAAUAAUUUCUAUUUUGUAGGGGUGAAUGUGGCUUAUUACCUUUCUUGGAAGUAAAAACGGUAAGUGAUUCUAAAUCAUCG